AUGGAAGACCGAAAUGAUAUUCUAGAGCAAAUGACAAAUGCAAAGUCAAAUUAUCAGUCAACAAAUUCAACUGAAGAACGAAUGGCUCUUGUUGUGAAACAUGUGAGGGCAGUACCGGAUCUGGUUCCGAUGACGGAGCUUUAUUGGGCAUCUCUUGAUCUUAUUGCAACAAAUGAUGUUGUGCGCGGUUUAUUUCUUGCUCUCCCAGAUGAUGAGAAGCUACCUUUUCUAAAGAGACAAACCAAAGAGUCUCGUAAUGAUUUUGAAGGAAGUGACAUGGAGUUGAACACAGUCAGAGAAAUAAUAGAAGCAGAUGACCAAGCUAUUGAAGCAGUAAUCUGCAUUGAUCAUCUUCGCUUUUUUCAAAGAGAACAAUUGAGAACGGAUCCUGAACGUGGACAACGUAUAAUGGAGCAACUAAUGUAUGAAAGUGAUACACAAUGCCUCCAUGUUUUACGUAUGAGACAAAGAGUGUUUUUUAAGCUCUUAGAUACGCUAAAAAAGUAUGGUCUUAAAGAUUCUCAUCGGGUAAGAUCUGAGGUUGCAUUAGGAAUGUCGCUGAAGAUUUUGGGACAUAACUCAUCACAAAGGAGCAUAGCAGCAGAUUUUCAAGUUGCACAAUGGACUGUGACAACAAAAUUUGAUGAUGUUGUUAAUGCCCUUUGUUGCUUGCAUUCAGACAUUGUAUCAUGGAAAAGAGAGGAACUUGUCGAUAUACCACCACGAAUCAUGCAUGAUAGGAGGUAUUUUCCAUAUUUUCAAGAUUGUAUUGGAGCUAUAGACGGUACUCAUGUACGUGUUCGUGUUGGUGGCGAUAAAAAGAUCACGUACUGGAAUCAUCAUAACUACACAUCAAUGAACAUUUUGGCAGUGUGUGAUUUCAAUAUGAGAUUUAUAUACACACGUAUUGGAGUCCCGGGACGUGCACACGACUCCAAGAUAUUGACAUAUUGUGCACGUCAUGAUAAUUUUUUCCCAUUCCCAAGCUCGGAGAAGUAUUUUCUAGUGGAUUCUGGCUAUCCUAAUCGAAGGGGGUUUUUAGCUCCUUAUCGAGGUGAAGCGUACCAUCCAAAUCAUUUUGCUGGGCGUAGACCAGGCACUGUACGCGAGACAUUUAACAAGAGACAUUCUUCGCUUCGAUCAGUGAUUGAAAGAACAUUUGGAGUGUGGAAGGGAAAAUGGUCUAUUUUAGAAGGUCGUGUUCGUUAUGAUGUGCAAAUGCAGGAGAAGAUUGUUGCUGCAACUAUGGCAUUGCAUAAUUUUAUUCGAGAUUCUAAUAUAGAGGACGACGACUUCAAUGCUGCAGAAGAAACGGAGAACUAUGAUGCUGAUCGAGAAGGAAACAUGUCUCCAUCUCAUGAUGAUAAUGUAGUCGAUCGAAAUUAUGAUCCAACGGCUGAUCAAUAUAUGUCAACAGUAAGAGACGACAUAGCAAGAGAGAUAUGGGAUGCUCGUUAA